GGCCGUUGUUAACCUGCCUCUCCAGUCCUACCACAAACGAAGCUCUCUCUUCCUCCCUGCGAGAUCAUCUCAUUUCCAACACCAUUUUCUCAAAAUGAAGCUCACAAUCUCUGCUCUACUCUUCCUCCCUCUUGGCGCCCUCGCCACGUCCCAGUGGUGCACCAUAAUUAAUUCCAGCAGCAAAGUCAACUGCCGAGCAGGACCCAGCCUCAGUUCCAGAGUGAUCCGCCAAUUGACCCCGGGCAAGGAUUACUAUUUCCAAUGUUACAAGCGCGGAGAUUGCUACAAUGAUAACUGUACAUGGGACAGACACAUCGCCCCGGGCGUGACUGACUGCUAUGUGAAUGGGUAUCUUACUGAUAACCAUUGCACCAUGGCGAAAUUGGGCAAAUGUUAGGUUGCCAAAUUGCCUCACUGGUGUGGUCCGCAACGCCCAGGCAAGCCAGACUGGGACAGAAUCGUUUGGAGAGUCAAUGGUGGAAGCUACGUUUGGCUAUUGCAAGAGCAAACUCAAGUAUGCGUU